CUUUUCGUAGACACAGAUGUUUCUGUCCAAGACUUUCCAACGUGCAGUGUGCUGUUGUGCGCUCUACGUAUGGGAAUGGACUUUGAAACAAAGAUCUUCCCCAGGACCGGGGGGUUCGGACCCUACAACCGGUCCGUGGCGGUCUUUAGCUGGAUCUCGAACUUUGCUGUAGUGCUUAGCCUUUUCUCGGAGGUGUUUUUUACUCUGAAACCGGUAUCCUACCACUGCCGUCCGGACCCGUCCUUACUCCCCUCUGAAACCCUUAAUCUGUCUGACCAAGAGCUACUGAAUGUCAGCAUACCUUGGGUGAAAGGGUCGGGGUUGAGUCAUUGUGAACUUUAUAAGUAUCCUGCAAAUUUUUCCAAUUUUACGAUUAAUUUCCCAAAAGAGACUGUACAGUGCACACAGGGUUGGGAAUACACGACUGGAGCGGGUCUUGAAACCAACAUUGUCACUCAGUGGGAUCUAGUGUGUCAGAACUAUUGGAAGAUUCCACUAGAACAAAUCUGCUACAUGACUGGCUGGAUGUCUGGGUACAUCGUUCUGGGUUCCGCUUGUGACAGGCUGGGUCGCCGGGGGAUCUUCCUGGGGUCAGUGCUGCUCUCUGGGCUGCUCGGAGUCGGGGUGUCUCUCUCACUGAACCCCAUCAUGUUCCUGUUCCUGCGGCUCUCACAGGGGGCCGCCCUGGCUGGGGUGUUCCUCUCCACAUACGUGGCUAGACUGGAGCUGUGUGACCCGCCCCACCGCCUCAUGAUCACUAUGAUUGGUGGGUUGUUUGCAGUGUGCGGGGAGCUGCUGUUGCCUGGGCUGGCAGUGCUGUGUCGUGAUUGGCAGAUCAUGCAGGUGGUGGUUACUGUGUCUCUGUGCCUGCUUUUAAAUUACUGGUGGUGUACCUCUGUGUUCCCCGAGUCGCCCCGCUGGCUCCUGGCCACACAGCAGAUCCAUCGAGCAAAGAGUGUCCUGCAGAGCUUCUCCUUGCGCAACGGAGUGUGCCUGAGCGAUGACAUCUACAACUCUGAGAACCUGCUGUCAGAGAUAGACUCGGUGUACGCUGAUGACUGUGAGCCGCGCUUCCACAAUGUCUGCGAGAUGGUCGGCACGCGUGUGAUCUGGAAGAACAGCCUCAUCCUGGCAUUCACAGUGUUCAUCGGCAGGGGGAUCCAGUACUGCUUCACCCAGAACCUGCUUGAUUUCCACCCUCACUUCUACGUCCGCUACUACAUGCGCGUGCUGUCCGGGGGCCUGGCCUGUGUGCUGCUGUGUGUCUCUGUGAACCGCUUCGGCCGUCGAGGCAUCUUGCUGCUCGCGUCCAUCCUGACUGGCAUGGCGUCCCUGCUGCUGCUCGCCCUCACGCAGUAUCUGAAGGACGGGUUUGUCCUGGUGCUCUCUAUUGUGGGGCUCCUGGCCUCCCAGGCUGUCGCCAUGCUCAGUGUGUUCUUCGCCAGCGAGGUGCUGCCCACGGUCGUCAGGGGUGGGGGUCUGGGUCUGAUCCUGGCAUCGAGCUGCAUGGGUAAAGCUGCCUCCUCCGUCAUGGAGCUGCACAACAACCAGGGAUAUUUUCUGCACCAUGUGGUGUUCGCUUCCUUCGCGGUGCUGUCGGUGCUCUGCGUCAUGCUUCUGCCUGAGAGCAAGCGCAAGCCCCUGCCAGACUCCCUCAAGGAGGGGGAGAACCUGCGCCGACCACCCCUGUUCCUGUCCCACAGGAACCAUGACCACCUGCCCCUGCUCGAGCACCAGCUUGGGGCUGCAUCAGAGUACAACCCCGAAAACUACUCGCGCCUGGUCAGCGCCACCAAGAAGAUGCUGGCCAGAGACUUUGAACUGUCAUCACCGCUGACCCUGGAGCCACUCUUAAAUGGGAGCAGGGCGCAGGGCGGGAUGAAGAAUGAGGAUUCCUCCUAGGAUUUCUGUGUGAGAAGUGCUCAGGACAGACACUGGCAUCCCUCCCCGCAGUUAUAUAGAUAGGCCUGGGUGGAGCAGAUGUUGUAAUGAGGCGCGGAACUUCAUCUUUGGAAUUGCCUGUUGACAGUACCUCUAGUUUUGAGCCCUCACUCCCGUAUUAGAAAAGAUGAGUUUCCAAGAACUGGUAAUUAAUGUGAGGUGGGGUGAGAGAACCACUCCAGACCAUGACAAAGACACUUUAACGUGUCUACCUGGACUUUGUCAUUCUGAUGAUCUGCUGAUCUAGACAGUAAGGCUGUGGAUGAACUGAUGCCUACCACCUUCAAUCCUGUUCAGAAGCUGCGGUGGAAGGGAAAGGCUUUUACAGGUUCAUCAUAUUUUAUUGUUUUUGUUGCUUGGUUCUGACAUACAACUAUAACAAAGGACUAAUCUAGGAAAGUUAGCAAUCGGCACCUUUAGCAGUAACCUGAACUCUUGUCUUCAGAGCCAUGGAAAUAAGCAUCGGGGUUUGGCCUGGGGGGUGAAUAUAUUCUAAAUGCAGCACUUGCAUUUCAUGAUGCAGUGCGGUAGAAAUGGUGGACUACUUUUGUACAGUAUGUAAAAGAAGUAUAUAAUGAUUAAACUAUUUUUUUCAUGA